ACUCAAACAAAGAAAAGAAUAGUAUUGUGACUUCGGAAGAUCGAUUGUCAUCCUACUUACUUUAUUCAAAUCAUCGUCCUUCAAGACCCCUGACAGCCAAGACUUAAGUGUCACCCUCGUGCAGCACACUACUCGCUAUGGCAACAUUGGCGCGGUCAUUCUCCUCCGAUAGUGCGGAAAUCGCCAUCCUAGUGCCCAAUAAAACCAGCCCUCUGGCGAUUACUUAUCAGCAGUUACACAGCCAUGUUGCUGACUUCCAGGCCAAGUUAGCCAAGCUUGGGGUCGGACAUGGCGCCGCCGUGUCACUGGCGCUGACCAAUUCGUACGAGUUCAUUGUCGCAUUCUUAGCCGCCUCGUGGCAGCGGGCGAUCGCCGCUCCUCUCAACCCUGCCUAUAAGCAGGAAGAGUUCGAAUUCUAUAUCGACGAUCUCAGCUCCACCCUAGUCUUGAUCCCCCAAGGAUCAUACGCGAAGGAGGGACCCGCGGUCCGUGCGGGGAGGAAGUACAAUGCCGCCAUCGCGGAGUGCUACUGGAACGGCCAGGAAAUCGUUCUUGAUGUGAAGGAACGUGGAAAGCUUCCUGGAAAUGGAGGCGUGGACGUUCAGCAAGCUCAUCCCGAUGACAUUGCUCUCGUCUUGCACACGAGCGGUACAACUGGCAGGCCCAAGGCUGUCCCGCUCUCACACAAGAACUUGACUACAUCUAUGCGCAACAUCAAAGCGACCUACAACCUCACGCCCACAGAUCGCACUUACCUGGUCAUGCCGCUCUUCCAUGUCCACGGGCUCCUCGCCGCAUUCUUGGCGCCUCUAUACUCAGGCGGCUCGGUGAUCGUCCCGGCGCGAUUCUCCGCCUCGGAGUUCUGGUCUGACUUCAUCACUUACAAGGCGAACUGGUACUCUGCGGUGCCCACCAUCCACCAGAUCCUCCUCAAGACUCAGCUGCCCAACCCUGUCCCUUCCAUCCGCUUCAUCCGAUCCUGCUCCUCCCCACUCUCCCCUAAGACCUUCCAGGACCUCGAGAAGGCCCUGAAAGCCCCAGUCCUGGAAGCCUACGCGAUGACCGAAGCUGCGCACCAGAUGACCAGCAACCCUCUCCCCCCAGCCAAGCGCCAACCAGGCAGCGUGGGCCUUGGACAGGGUGUAGAAGUGAGGAUUCUAGACGCGGAGGGCAAUGAAGUGCCGCAAGGCCAGGAGGCGGAGAUCUGCGUUCGAGGCGACAACGUCACCAAAGGCUACCUGAACAACCCGGAAGCCAACAAGUCAUCUUUCACGAAGGACGGUUUCUUCCGCACUGGGGACCAGGGAAAGAAGGACGCGGAUGGUUAUGUGAUCAUCACGGGCCGGAUCAAGGAGCUGAUCAACAAGGGUGGUGAAAAGAUUAGUCCCAUCGAGCUGGACAACACUCUGCUGCAUCAUCCCAAGGUGGCGGAGGCGGUCUGCUUCGCUCUCCCCGAUGAGGGCCACUACGGUGAGGAUAUUGGCGCCGCGGUGGUUGUGAAAAACGGCGCGAGUGCCACGGAGGCAGAACUCAAGGCUUGGGUUGAGUCGAAGUUGGCGAAAUUCAAGACGCCGAAGAAAGUCUGGCUUGUGCCGCAGAUCCCCAAGACGGCUACAGGCAAGAUCCAGCGGCGCAAGGUCGCCGAGGCGAUGCUGAAGGUUAAGGCCAAGCUAUAGACUGUAUGAUUGGAAACUAUAAAUCUAGAUCUACUCGCGCAAGCUUAAAAGAAAAAGGGAAGAUGGAAG